UUGGUCCUCCGGGAUUCAGGGCGAGUCCUCCGUUUGCAGCUGCGGAGCUUUAAUUGGCUGGAAAUCCACCAAAAUACUAUUUGGGGAAAAAGCAGAGAGAGUUUAUACAGUUUUGACCACCGGUCCCUUCUCAAAAACCCACUCAUUACCAAGUCAAAACGGGAGAAGCUUUACGCAGAGAGACUCUCCAGAAACCUGAUCAGAGAUCAGACGCGUCCACCCGCCCCACUGCACGGACUACAGACCAUCACCAGUCAGAUCUGUGUGCGCAUCUCCUCACUGACACCGGCAGCGCGCAAAGACGCGCGAGCUCUCCAUCCCUUCACUCGUGCGAGAGCCACCGACGAGCGCGCAUCUGUUCGGAGAACAGUUUAGCUCAGUGACACUGAGAUAUCAGAUCGUGUCGGACUGCAGGUUUUUACGGAGACACCUUUGGAUGUGUGCGAGAGUUUACAUCAGCUGAAGGAAUUUUGUGCGCAUUUUCUGGAUGGAGAUUCAUCAGUGCGCUCCCGCUAAACGCGCAUAGGAACUAAACCAGCAAGUCUACCACUGAAAGUCAAGUUUAAUUUUUACUCUAAAAAAGGGAAUUAAGUAUUAAACAUUUAUCGACUCGCUGUGAGCAAGCUGAGCUCGCACAGAGGAAGGUAAUGAGGCAUCGCACCUGAAGAUGGAGAUUUUCUGGAUUUUAUUCUUUUCGGUCCUGCACCGGUACGCACGAGCGCAGGGAGUUUACGCUCCUGCAAACGCUCAAAUUGUGCAUUCUGGACAGGCGUGUGUGGUGAAAGAGGACAACAUCAGUGAAAGAAUUUACACCAUAAGAGAAGGAGACACAUUAGUCCUGCAGUGUCUGGUCAAGGGCCAUCCACGGCCACAGGUACGGUGGACCAAAACAGCAGGCAGUGCCUCCGACAAGUUCCAGGAAACGUCCAUCUUCAACGAGACCCUACGGAUCCCCAACAUCCAGAGAGUGCAGGGCGGUCGCUACUACUGCAAAGCUGAGAACGGGGUGGGGGUGGCUGCUAUCAAGUCCAUUCGCGUAGAUGUGCAGUAUCUAGAUAAGCCCGUGCUCACUGUGCAUCAGACAGUCGGUGAUGUGCGAGGAAACUACUAUCAGGAGAAAACGGUGUUUUUGCGCUGUACGGUAAACUCAAACCCUCCGGCUCGCUUUAUCUGGAAACGGGGAACAAGAGCAAUUGAGCAGAGCAAAGACAAUGGGGUGGACAUCUACGAGCCUUUGUACACACAGGGUGAGACAAAGGUGCUCAAACUGAAGAAUCUCCGCCCUCAGGAUUUUGCUAAUUACACCUGUCAGGUGUCCGUACGGAACGUGUGCGAUAUUCCGGACAGCUCCGUCACCUUCCGGCUGACCAACGCCACCACCCCGCCUGCUCUGAAGCUUUCUGUGAACGAGACGUACGUGGUGGACCCAGGUCAAGACGUCACGCUGUCUUGUGAGGUAACUGCUGGGUUUCCCACACCUACGGUUAGCUGGUCGAGAUACCCCGGGUCUCUCCCGCAGCGGUCCGUGAUUCGAGGCGGAUCACUCACUCUCUGGUCUGUGACUACCAAUGAUGCGGGCGUCUACAACUGCACGGCCGUCAACAAUGUUGGAAAUCCUGCGAGACGAACUGUCAACCUUAUUGUGAGAAGCAUGAAGAACUUAACAUUCCAGAUCACGCCAGACUCAAACAAAGACAGCGAGGGCAUACAGAUGGGUCGAGACCUCAAACUAUCCUGCCACGUUGACGCGCAACCACAGGAUAAGGUGAACUACACCUGGUACAAGAAUGGAGCCCUUAUCUUCCCCACCGACACGCUGAUCGUGCUGCGCAGCGACCCAGACAUGCCUCCAGGCACCAGCAGCCUGGAAAUCGUGGACAUGAAGUUCAGAGAUCAGGCCACGUACAGCUGCGUAGCUAACUUCCCAGGGAGCAACAUUCCUGAAUUACGUGCCGAUGUCAACAUCACGCAGAGCAGUGUUGUUCCUCCCAUUCUGAGCGUGCCGGUCGGAGGGGGCGUGGUUAAUGCCAGUGAGGGCGGUACGGCAGAGCUUGUGUGUUUGGUUGAUGGUAAGCCCCGCCCACCCAUCCUGUGGUCUCGUGCUAAUAAGGACCUGCCCAUGCCAUCAGGAGACUGGGUGGUGGAGACUCGUGACGGACGCUUGCGUCUAACCAACGUGUCGCGGGACAUGAUGGGAGCGUACCGCUGCCAAACCGCACCUUACAAUGGCCUCAACAUCAAACGCAGACAGGCGCAGGUGCAACUCAAUGUGGAAUACCCUCCUGUUGUUGAUCCGGUUUUGCUGGAUGUACGUUCUCCGACCUUCCAGAGUGUCAAUCUCCGCUGUGUGGUUCUGAAGUCCAAUCCGAAUCGAAUAGCCAGCGUCCGGUGGUUUCGUAACGGAGCAGCCAUUCGAACCCCGCCAGUGGAUCCCCAAAGCAUCCCUCAGCUUCGCUUUAAACUAGACCCCACUAAUAAUGGCACAUACGAAUGUCGAGUGAGCAAUGGAGUAGGUACUUCAACCUGCACCUUUAAUGUAACUGCUCAGCCUUAUGUUGCAGAGUUUUACUUCGAUACACCAAACCCCAUUCGUACCCUGAAGAACAAUUACUCCUACAUCUUACAAUGGACGCAGAAAGAGCCCAGCGCUGUGGACAAAAUCAUCGGCUACUGGAUCAAUGUCCAACAGAAUGGUCAGAACAUUUUGUCUAAGCAGAUCAACACUAAAGAGCCAAUGAAGGGUGUAUUGAUGUCCUACACGCUGACGGAUCUCCGUAUUCCCCUGUCAUAUGAGGUCAGCCUGACUCCCAUAACCACCUUUAGUACUGGAGACACAGUCACACGCACCAUCCAGUACUCCGAGCCCUACACUUACCCGAGACCUUCAGAUCAUGUGUGUGGGUUCGAGGACCUGCGGAUAUGUGGAUUCACUCAAGACCGCGGUGAUGUGUUUGAUUGGACGAGACAGAAUCAUCUCACGCAGAACCCCAAGCGUUCGGUUAAUACAGGACCUGAAACGGACAGAAGCGGGACAAAAGAGGGCUACUACAUGUACAUUGAGACGUCACGGCCACGUCAGGCUGGUGAUCGAGCUCGACUUCUCUCUCCACUGUACAAUGUGACAGCAGCGCGAGGGCCGACAGGAACCACAAGAGCUCCUUACUGUGUAUCUUUCUACUACAACAUGAAUGGAAAACAUAUCGGAACUCUCAAUGUUCUGAUGAGAGUGAAGAGCAUAGCCACUGUGGAUUCUGCCGUCUGGACUCUCUCCGGACACCAGGGGCCAGAAUGGAGAAAGGCGGAUGCUGUGAUCUAUCCGAGCGGACCCUUCCAGGUGGUAUUUGAAGGUAUCCGUGGAAACGGCUUUGAGGGAGACAUCGCCAUCGAUGACGUUUCCGUUACCAAGGGAAAAUGCAAGCAACAGGACAAUGUGGACAAAACAGCAGUACUGACUGGGGCUGACGGAAGUCUUCACCCUCUUCCUCUGAUUGUUCAGCUCAUCUGUACCUUUUGCCUGACACUACUGCUCAGAUGAUACAGAGAUCACUGCACAGAUACACCUGCGUAGGACGCCCCCUGUGGCAGCAAUAAGAACUGCCCCAACACGUGACCACACUUCCUGCUGCUGCCUUCUUCAACCUCAUCCUCAACAUGUUUUCUCAUCCUCACGUCCCUGUAUAUGUAUGCUCUUUCAAACAAUAGUUUUCUUUAGAUAUUUCUUGAUCGUUACGGUCACCUGUUCCUGUGAGCACUGCUACUUUCUUCUUCAAACACGUAGUUUUAUAGAAGCAUUUGUCCAUGUUCAUGGUUCUCUUCACCAACUUCCUUCAUUCGCCCCCGUAUCCCCUGUGUAUGUAUUUGACGCACCAAAGUGUCAACUCUAUUACCAAAGAUGAUGGAGGGCUUACAGGAAGAACGGACAGAUGAGCCACACAAAAAUGCCCUUUUUUCAAAUGAGCUACUCUUUCCUCAGACUGAAGUGCAUGGAGAUGUGAUUCCCUCAAGAGACGUAGGCAUUACAAGGAAUUUAUCGGAGCAGGAACGGAUGAAGAGCGGUCACAAAGCUUGAUACUUGAUACUAAAGAUUGGGAUGGAACACCAUCUGUAUAUUCACGUGUAUGUGAUAUAUUGAAAAGUACGGUAUCGAGGUUUAGAAGCCCAACUGGUCUCCAGUUUUUGGGACUUUGACAAUGUGAAACUAAAAAGAAGCACAAAUUUAUAUCUUUUUUGGUAGUAAUUUGGUUCUUUUAUGUGGAAUUUUGUCUGUCUGGAUUUGCUGUAUCACUAUUAUGUCCUUUGGCUUUCUUUAACGACAACGUACCACUGCUGCAUUGUUCAUCGAUCAUAUCGGAAGAUAAAAGGUGGCUCCGGAAAUACAGUGUGAACUACGGACCACACGGACAUCGGUUUACUCGCCAUCAAUCAACAUCCUUAAAGCACCUGAAGAAACUGUGAGAAUGUUAACUUGAGCUUCAAUCAAACUGCCGAGAGAGCGUUGACUCACUAGGUGGGUCUUUUUAUUUAGCAAUAGGUCCGGGUGGUCUGGGAUGAAAGUUCUCAUCUUCGUUGAUAUGGGCACAUGGACACCUCUAGGUAGACAGACUGCACUUGGCAUUGAUGAUCAAGAAUGUAAUUUUGCAUAGCGUCAGAGAGAAAUCGCAUGUACGUGCAAGCUUUUCACGGACUGCCAUGAUCAAACCUCAGAUUUUCUUUGGGAAGUUUUGAUGUGGCAGCACACAGUGUUGACAUGAAAUGUAAGAGCACUGUUUUGGCACAUGUUCAUUAAGACACAUUGUUUCUUCGAUAAAGCUGCGUACCAUUCAACUCGGAAAGUCACAAUUUACAACUUCCUGUUUUAGAAAAUGGCAUAGUAAGGGCUUCCAACCUGGAAACUCCAGCAGAAAUCUACAACUUUACUUUAUUUUCCCAAGAUGCAUGUGUAUGACGUCAUGCAAACAUGGCAAUUCCCAGAUAGAUGCACAAGAUUCAUGAUGAAAUUAAAUUAAUUAAAAGUUAAAUAAAACUAUAAUAAACACUUGCACAUUUUAUUUUCAAAAGCAAAGUAAAAGUCCCUACAUUAUUUAAAUAUAAAAACCUGAUUCUCAAGUGAUUUUCUCUGUUCAUAUUCUCGUGCUAGUGGACUACUUUGUUGACAAUCGAACAUCUUACAAUGCACUUCACCUUCAUGACCAAAUAAAAUAGAUUUUUGGUAGGAACGUCCCACAUCUGGCUUUGAAUGGAACGCAGAAUAAAUCGAAGAUUACAACAGUUUAAGAUUCAAAUGCAAUACAUUGUUAUGGAUGAUAUUGGCCAAUUGUAGGCUUCCCCUUUCUUGAUUUCUUUAAAAAAAGUCAUACCACGACAUGGACAGUAACAUUUAAGCACAUUGUUACAGUUUAGUAGCAAUAUGUGAUGCCAAUAGUGUGUUUGGUACUUUUUGAACGUUAAAGCGCUUUCCUCAGCUUCAUCGUAUCUAUCAUCAAUACAGACGCGCGUGAACAAUUAUAAUGAAUCCUGAUCAUAUGAAGAAUGGAAGAAACCAUUUGUGCCUCCGGUUGAGUGUCCUUUAUCAAAUUUGCGUAAGCUUCUGUGUUCUCGUGCAAUCUUAAAUAAAUAUAUCUAUAUCUAUAUAUAUAUAGUAAUUCAAAUUGCUUUGCCCUAGUAUAACUCAUGCUAAUAUCAUCAAGUAGCUCCAUCCUCAGUGAAGUUUUAAGGUAAGUCUGUUUACAAACAUAAAAAAUAAGUUUUAGGCUUGUAAAAUUUUGCUCAUGCUCAUAUUUAACCAGUUCAUAUUUAUCCUAAUGUGGCGUACGUCUACCGCUGUUGAAGAGAUUAUCAUAGACUCGCUCCUCAGGUAAUUUCAGAGGUAACAGGUUCAAAACCUGGACCGAAUUCAACCGCGAUCCAGGUUCUUCUACAGUUCAAACACUCACACGGCUGUAAUACUGUUCAAGCGUCUGUUGCCGUAAACACGCCCUGAAUUCUUGCACAAUGCCCUCAUUACAUGUCAUGUAAUCAUUUUAUAAUCCAUGCAUAAUAAUUAUUAACUAUUACAGGACACGAAUGAAUGAAUCAGUGAAUAAAUAAAAAUAAAGGGUUUAUGGCGAUUUAUGUUGCAGGAUAUUCUACAUUAUAUAUCUAUAUAUAUUUCAGAUGUUUCCUUUUUUGUCUCAGAUUUAGAUGUGUGUUUGGUGACAUACCAUUAUUGCCCAAUAUCUCUACAACAUCUGUGUUUUUUGCAAAUUCUGCCAUACAUUCGUUUCAGAUGGUACAGUAUCACAAUAUGGAUGUGUUUUACCAGUCAAGAUUAGGUGACCAGAUGUCCCCGUUUACAGGGGGCAGUCCAGUUUUUUGGUUUUCUGUCAUUUACCCACCAAACAUAAUCAUCAUCUUGUAUGAGCCCUCCGGUAUGAAUGGAGAACAAAUCAUAACACAUGUACCAUAUAAACAGACAGAGAGAUUUCAGUGAAAAGUAUAUAAGCUUUACAUUUCUCCCUCCUUCUGUUCUGUAUGGAGUAAAUCAAUAGAUUAUUUCAUGAAGACGCAAUUUCACUGUAAAUCUUACUGCCAAAUCUCAUCCUAACCUAUAACUGGUUAAUGCGGUAAACUUAUUUGUUUACAGUACUGCAUACGAGCGAAUCUCACAAAACUCUGGGUCCAGGUCACAUUUCACCCCAACAACAAAAGAAAGGUAUAAUUUACAUAAAGAUAAUGAAGCUUAUUUCAAGACCAUAUGGAUUUUGUAUGAUGAUUUUCAUGACAGUUGAGCACAUUUUUUGCCUAAUAUCUCACCAUUGUUAUGUAUACGCAUUUUAGGUUAUUUUCAACCCAGCGUUGGGUCAAAAAGGGACAAACCAAUGUUAUAUCUCAUGGCAAUUCGUUUGUAUUUUACAUAUUAAUUUGUACGACAACAUAAGUACAUUUUUGUGCACUUUGCUUUUGCCCCUGUGACUGGGGUUAUGGGCGGGGUUUCACUUUUUAUUUUUUGAUAAUCAUAUGUUUUUGUACGAUUCACUUUGUACGACUUAAUGUGAGAUCAGGCUGGAUAAACCCAGCCUUUGGGUUAAAUUAACUACAUAAGAUAGUGUUUAUAUUUGACUCAACAAUGGGUUAAAACAACCCAGUAUCUUUGGGUUGAAACAACACAUUGGGUUGGGUUUCGUCCCUUUUUGACCCAACGCUGGGUUGAAAAUAACCCAACAUUUUUAGAGUGUAUGUUUUGUAACUCCUGUUAGUCUCAAUGGUAAUUCUGCAAGUGUUUUGUCAUUACAAUAAGAAUAAAGGCAGUACCUCAAAUGUUACUGUACAAUGAUAUAUGGUUAGAAUUUAUUUUCGAUUGUCCACUUUAGACAUUAACUACGUUGCAAAAACUGAAGAGUUUGAUCAACUUAAAGGUCACCCAUUAUGCAAAAUGUACUUUUACAAGGUGUUUGGACAUAAAUGUAUGUUGGCAGUGCGUUACCACAACAACUCUAUAAAAUAAAAAAAUCCAUCCUGUCCUUUUUGUUUAAAUCCCCAUUAAGCCAAAGCAGUCUCCUUAGACAUGCUGUUUUGAUUCUCUUGUUAAUGUGAUGUCACAGUGAUGAAGCCCCACCCUCGGCCACUGACAGACCGCUUAAUUUUACCCAAAAGCUUGUUGCAGUGCUAAUGCGGCUAAAGAUACAAUUGUCUCAGACUGUAUUCACACAAAUCAGAUCUAUUUUUAACAGAAAUAACUCAAUGUCUGUUGGUAAGGGGGUGAGGAGCUGUAGCUCAUUUGCAUAUAAAGGUACAUACCUGAAAACAUUGCUUUUUUGCUCCCAUCCAAUUUUGGAAAUGCUUUAAUAAAUGAUCUGUGGGGUAUUUUGAGACUUCACAGACACAUUCUACACCUGAAACUUUAUAACAUCUUGUAAAAUGGACAUAAUAUGUUCCAUUUAUAAGAUUUAUUUCACUUUGGUAACACCUAAAAAAUUAUGUUUUUUUAUUAUUUAAAAAAAAUAGGCUAUUUUUAAAGUUGAUCCAACUCUUUACUUUUAGCAGUGUAUUGCAAGUAACCUUGCAAUAAUUUGUGUGAACUAAGUCUUGUUAAUGAAAAUUAAUAUUUCAACUAACUGUCCUUAUGCUGAGUUUACACCAAACGCGGUUUGGGCAUCAAAAUCGCAUCUACCGCGCGUGGUUUGCCGCUUUAACAAUUUGGAUGCAUUCGGGCGUGUAGAGCGGAGUAGACGCGCGGAAAAAGCAAGCAUUUGACGCGCGUCCGAAGCAAAAUCCGCUUCUUGUGGGAGGGGCAACUGCUGUGCGAGUGUCUGUUUGCAAGAUGACUGAUGUUACUUGUGCAUUUAUCAAGAGAGUUACCAGUUUUGUAUUGGGUAACCUUACUAUGGGGAAAAAUAAACGGCGCGGGUAGAUAAACGUCACGUGACUCAAAAGUGAAGCGUGUAUUACAACUUAGCAAGUUGGCCAAAGUCCUUACUGACACUCUUCCAAGCGAGGUCCUUUUUAUUCCUGUCUCCACUAUAGAAAUAACAACUUGUGUCAUAUAGCUUCGAGUGACUGCUUGAGUGAGUGACUCCGGGCGGGGCUGCCACCACAGCAGCAAGCAGGCUCCUGAUUGGUUAACGCGGCGCGAAAUUCCGCCAAAGUUCAAAUUUUUCAACUCGGGCGUCAGCCGCAAAUUCGCGUGAACCGCAAGAUGCACAAAAAGCACCAUUCGCGCUUACCGCGCGUACCGCGCACAACGCUCGAUUCGCGCCUUCCGCCCGAGCUUCACGCCCGAAAGAGGCGGAAACGCGUCUUCCGCGCCGCGCCGAACGCCUUUUUCCGCGCCGCGGGACCUCCUGACGCGCGUCAACGCGUCUUCACAUUGACUUAACAUUGAAAUCACUUGCGCUUCACGCCCUUACCGCGGUUGGUGUAAAUGCAGCAUUAGAGUAUUAGUAGACUGUUAGGGGUCUGGUCACGUAAGGGGUUAGGGUAAUGUUGCCAAAUAAGUUAACGUGUGAAAGGUUACAUAUAGCCCUUUGAAUGUCUGUUGAGCAAUCAUAAUAUUAAACAUAUAUUAAACAGACAGUCAACUAAUACUCUAAUGACUGAUAGUUAUCAGAAAGUUGCCACACUGCAAAAAAGGAUUUUUAAGCAAAAAAAUUCUUAGUAUUUUUGUCUUGUUUUCAGUAAAAAUAGAAAUAAUUUUUCUUGAAUUUAGUGUUUAAGUAAAAUGUUGAAGAUUUUUUUGCUUACCCCGUUGGCAGAUUUUUUUUUGCUUUUUUAUGCACAAAAUCACUUAAAUUUGAUAUUUUUGUUCUAAAAACUACUUAUUUUCUUGGGUUGUUUUGCUCAUCAAGAAAAAGCAUCUUAAUUUAAGAAUUUUUAGAUAUUUUUACUGAAAACAAGACAAAAAUACUAAGAAUUUUUUUUCUUGAAAAUAUUUUUUUCCAGUGUGCAGUUCACUUAUAGUUAGUAACAUCUGUAAAGUGGACUAUGGAACUAAAGUUACCUGUUAUAUAUUUUCACAUUGCGCAAGUAAAAAUACAUCUUGCUUUCCAUUAUGGUCAAACAACGCAAUGGUCUUUAAAAUAGGCUUGAAAAGCAAAUUAUAGUUUCUCAUUUAUUACUCUUGAAUAAGGUGAAACAUGACCCUAGCUUCUUGGGAAGGUUUAUGUAAUGAUAAAAUCAAAUACAACAACAGAAUCCUUGAUCAGACAUGAAGGUUAACCUGUGAAAGUCACCAACACACACGCGCACACAAAUCCAUUCAUAUCAUUUCUGAAGAAUGUCUCGAUGUUAAGUUGAUCAUUGUUGGGUGCACAGCUCAAAGCGGCUGUGCUGAUGUAUGCAAAGCGUUCAGACCAGACAGAAAGACUUUAUUAUGUUAUUUUGUUCGUAUGUAUAUUUGUUUGUUUGUUUGUUUUUAGAUAUACUGUACCGGUGCACAAGUGAAAGAGAAGCUUGUAGUGCUGGAUGUUGUAUAUUCUCUGUCAAGUAAUGAAAUAUUUUAGAGGAAAAAUAUAUUUGAAAUAUGACUCCAAGAUGUAUAAAUAAAUAACCAUUAAAAGAUCUUCCUUUUG